AUGGUCGCAUCUAAUGAUUAUUGGCUCAGAAAAGCCGACUUGACACCUUCCAAAAUUCUUUUCUAUAUCGGAUUCUGGGGGUUCCAUCUCGGCAUUUUUGCUCUGGGAUGGUAUUUGCAAGCUUCAAGCAAAAAGUUAGAAGGUCUUAAUGUCCUCAAGUACUCUGUCUGGAUAUCCAGAGGUGCUGGGCUUGUUCUCUCAGUCGAUGCAACGGUGAUCCUUUUACCCAUGUGCCGCAAUGUCUUGCGAUGGCUCAGACCUCAGAUCAGGUGGCUCCCGCUAGACGAGUCAGCUUGGUUUCAUCGUCAAGUUGCUUAUUCUUUACUCGUAUUUUCUGGGAUUCACACUGCUGCUCAUUAUGUUAACUUUUACAAUAUCGAGAAGAACCAGGUUCGCCCCGAACUGGCUGUUCAAAUUCAUUAUACUCAAGCAGCUGGUAUCACAGGACAUGUCAUGUUGCUUUGCAUGCUGUUGAUGUAUACCACCGCGCAUCAUCGUAUCCGCCAGCAAGCCUACGAAACCUUCUGGUACACACAUCAUCUUUUCAUCCCGUUCCUACUGGCUCUCUAUACCCAUACUACAGGAUGCUUCGUGCGUGACACUGCGGAGCCCUUCUCCCCAUUUGCUGGUAAGCAAUUCUGGGAUCAUUGCCUAGGAUACGAAGGCUGGAGAUGGGAGCUUGUGGGCGCAGCUUUCUACCUAUGUGAGCGACUCUAUCGCGAGAUUCGCUCGCGGCGAGAGACGGUAAUCACCAAGGUUAUCCGUCAUCCUUACGCUGCCAUGGAAAUCCAAUUCUACAAGCCAAGUAUGAAGUACAAGGCUGGGCAAUGGCUUUUCCUUCAGGUACCCGACGUGUCCAGCACACAAUGGCACCCUUUUACCAUCACAUCCUGUCCCUUUGAUGAAUACCUCAGUGUUCAUGUCCGUCAAGUGGGAGACUUCACCCGAGCUCUCGGAGACGCACUUGGAUGUGGUCCCGCGCAGGCCCGAGAUCUCGAAGGUCUCGACCCGAUGGGAAUGUAUGAAGUCGCCCUACAAAAUGGACAAAUGAUGCCUAAGCUUCGUAUCGAUGGGCCAUAUGGUGCACCGGCUGAGGAUGUUUUUGAAAACGAAAUUGCCGUUCUUAUUGGAACAGGAAUCGGCGUUACCCCCUGGGCCUCGAUCCUGAAGAAUAUUUGGCACCUGCGCUCCAGUCCGAACCCCCCGCGUCGCUUGCGUCGUGUUGAGUUCAUUUGGAUUUGUAAAGACACUUCUUCCUUCGAAUGGUUCCAAGCCCUUCUUUCCUCUCUUGAAGCUCAGUCGGCCACAACUGCUGCCCACGAAGGAAGCACUGAGUUCUUGCGUAUUCAUACCUACCUCACACAGCGCCUGGACGAUGAUACAGCUGCAAAUAUUUACCUGAAUUCUGUUGGUCAGGCAUUGGACCCUUUGACUGAACUGCGAAGUCGGACAAAUUUUGGUCGUCCUGACUUCAAACGCUUGUUCACGGCCAUGCGUCUUGGUCUCCUUGAUCAGACCUACAUGCGAGGUCUACAGAGUGGAUCGACCACUGAGGUCGGUGUAUACUUCUGUGGUCCGAACAUGGCAGCCAGACAGAUCAACGAUGCGGCCAAGGCUUCGUCGACGAAGGAUGUUCGCUUCAAGUUUUGGAAGGAACACUUUUGA